AUGGAUGAGUCCCAACCAAAGUUUCUCAUACCAGAGUCAAUCCAGAACGUGAAUUAUGAUGUUGGUGGACAGAUUAAGCUGGUUUGGGAUGUGAUCAAAGCGCCAUUGAUCGUGCCUUUGCUGAAUGUUGCGGUGUACAUUUGUUUAGCAAUGUCACUUAUGCUCUUCAUGGAGAGGCUUUACAUGGGUGUCGUUAUCAUCCUCGUUAAGCUCUUCUGGAAGAAACCUGAACAGCGCUACAAGUACGAGCCCAUCCAAGACGAUGUGGAACUAGGAAGCUCCAAUUUCCCUGUUGUUCUUGUGCAAAUUCCAAUGUUCAAUGAAAAAGAGGUUUACAAGGUCUCUAUUGGAGCAGCUUGUGGGCUUUCAUGGCCUGCGGAUCGUCUUGUGAUCCAAGUACUCGAUGAUUCUACUGACCCUGUCGUUAAGCAAAUGGUGGAGACGGAAUGCCAGAGAUGGGCAAGUAAAGGCAUCAACAUAACGUACCAAAUCAGAGAAAACAGAACGGGUUACAAAGCAGGUGCUCUGAAAGAAGGUCUAAAACGUAGCUAUGUGAAACACUGCGAGUAUGUAGCAAUUUUUGAUGCAGAUUUUCGGCCAGAGCCAGACUUUCUGAGGCGAGCCAUUCCUUUCUUGGCAUGCAACCCUGAGAUGGCUCUUGUUCAAGCUCGCUGGAGAUUUGUGAAUUCGAAUGAAUGUUUGUUGACAAGAAUGCAAGAGAUGUCUCUGGAUUACCAUUUCACAGUAGAGCAAGAAGUUGGGUCAGCCACUCAUGCUUUCUUUGGUUUCAACGGGACAGCUGGUGUUUGGAGAAUAGCUGCUAUCAAUGAAGCAGGAGGGUGGAAAGACAGAACAACAGUGGAAGAUAUGGACCUUGCUGUUCGUGCUAGUCUUAGGGGAUGGAAGUUUUUGUACCUUGGAGACCUACAGGCAAAAAGUGAGCUUCCAAGUACUUUGAGAGCCUUCAGAUACCAACAGCACCGAUGGUCUUGUGGUCCUGCUAAUCUUUUCCGAAAAAUGGUGAUGGAGAUAGUAAGGAAUAAGAAAGUGAAUUUUUGGAAGAAAGUGUACGUUAUAUACAGCUUCUUCUUUGUUCGUAAAAUCAUAGCUCACAUGAUCACCUUCUUCUUCUACUGUGUGGUACUUCCCCUUACAAUUUUGGUCCCUGAGGUUCAUGUUCCAAUAUGGGGAGCUGUUUAUAUUCCUUCCAUCAUCACCAUUCUCAAUUCAGUAGGAACACCAAGGUCCAUUCACCUUUUGUUCUACUGGAUCCUUUUUGAGAAUGUGAUGUCUUUACACCGUACAAAAGCAACCCUUAUAGGUCUGCUAGAAUAUGGAAGGGUCAAUGAAUGGGUUGUAACUGAAAAACUUGGUGACUCUGUCAACAAUAAGAAUAAAUCAGCAGAUGCUGCCAAGAAGAGUAAUGUCAAAACCCCGAAAAAAACUCGAUCCAAAUUUCUUGAAAGACUUAAUUUAUUGGAGCUGGGAUUUGCGGCCUUCCUAUUCCUCUGUGGAUGCUAUGAUUUUGUGCAUGGGAAAAACAACUACUUUGUGUACCUCUUCCUUCAGACCAUAACCUUCUUAAUUGUAGGAUUUGGCUAUGUGGGAACCAUCGUGUAAAGCUUGUUGAGCCAACAUCUCCUGUUACUUAAGUUUCAUUAGUGUUGUGCCCAUAUUUUUCUAGUUUCUCCUCUACUAAACACAUGAAGGGGGUGCUGAAUUUCUUCAAGCAACAAAGCGCUAUACCAAAUUCUCAGCUACUUAGAGCAGAUCAUUUUCACUUUGGAAAGGAGAAGUUCUUUCUAAAUUUUCAUUUUCAUCAAUCAAGAAGAUACAAAUCACAGGCAGAGCGCUGUGAUUAUUAGAGUUGCAUUGCACAGGCUUAAGGACAUCCAAGAAGAUCUACCCAAAAAGUGCUUAAAUUAGAUCCUUAGACAACAACAAGUAGACAGUGUGGUUUUGUUUGCAUAGAUUGUUUUGCAAGAUUUUUACAGUUAUAUAUUUCG